AUGGCGUGCGUGUCCGGGGUGGUCGAGGUCCGCCAGAAGACGUUCAAGGCGUGCGGCGCGUGCGGCGCAGCCCAAAACUGCUCGCGCGAGCGCCAAAUGGUCCGUUGGAAGAACGGACACAAACAGGAGUGCAAAAUGUCAAGGCAGGGGGCUUGUAGUGGAAGCGAGAAGGGAAAGCGAAGCAAAGACAACGGAGGGGGAUGA